AUGCAGACUGAAUUGAUGGGCUUCGACUUCGUUUUCUCUGGGAUGCCUUAUGGUCCUUCUUUCAAAGAACAUAGAAGCCUUUUCCAGAAACAUUUCCAACCGAGGGCAAUCAGCAAAUACCACCCAGGCAUUAUCAAGCAUACUCAUACGCUAAUCCGCAAUCUGUACAACACCCCGAGUAACCUUGAGCAUCAUCUUCGCAGAACCUCCGCGGCCGUUAUCAUGGAGAUCUGCUAUGGUCAUCAUGUCGCAGAGAAGGGAGACGAAUAUGUUGCUCUAGCGGAUGAAGCGCUAGCAGCAGUUAACCAGAGCAGCAUCUUCGGGUCCUACAUGGUCGACUAUUUACCAUGGCUCAAGUACGUGCCGUCGUGGAUGCCUGGAGCAGGGUUCAAAAAGCAGGCGAAGGAGUGGCGAGGCCUCGCCGAGAAGAUGUUGAAUAGCCCUUUUGACAUGGUCAACCGCAAGAUAAGAGAAGGGGCUGCAGAACCUUGCAUGAUGACUCUGGAACUCGAGGAUUGGUUCGCGAAGGGCUCUCCCAAUGACAACCGUGAAACACUAGUGAAGAAUGUGGCUGCUGGAGCUUACGCAGCCGCGGUCGAUACAACGAUGUCCACUCUCUCGUCGUUUUUCCUCGCCAUGGUCCUUCACCCGGAGAUACAAGCGUUGGCCAGGGCAGAACUCGACCGCGUCGUUCCCGCAGAUCGUCUACCACUGUUCUCCGAUAGAUCAGAACUUCCAAUCAUCGACUAUCUCGCCUUGGAGACGAUGCGAUGGAAUCCAUCCGUAAACAUCGCGCUUGCCCAUUCAGUAACCGAAGACGACGAAUAUCGCGGUUAUAGGAUACCGAAAGGGACAACCAUCCUUGCAAACAUCUGGACCAUCCUUCACGACCCACAGCGGUAUCCAGAUCCCAAGAAGUUCAGCCCGCAGCGCUUCGCUGACACCAAGGGCAACUCGGAAAAGCAAAUCAAUCCCAUUCCAGAUCAAGCUUUUGGUUUCGGGCGAAGAAUAUGCCCUGGUCGAUUCCUCGCCUUCGACACGAUAUGGAUUGCGAUGGCAACAAUUCUUUCUGUCUACCAGAUCGCCAAAGCUUGCGACGAGAAAGGAAAUCCCAUCGAACCCGAUGUAGCCUACACCCCCGGAUUGAUCAGCCGUCCGAAACAGUUUCCGUUCAGGUUGAUUCCGCGGGCGCACAAGCUAAGCGCAUUGUCUGAUUGA